AUGGAAGAACAGACCCAGCAUAGCACUCCCUUUACUGAGUUCAUUCACCAUUCAGCACGCGGAUUCCAAACUUGGCAAGAGCUUUGUACACAGGUCCGAAGAGAGGUUCUUCAAGCACCAUCCUCAACUGAAAUUGCCUACACUUCGGUUUCCCCCGAAUGGGGCCCAUUGAUUGUCGACUCGCUAGACGAGUACGGCGAGGUUAGACGCUUAUACUUCCCCAUCAGCUACAACUCUGUUACAGAGACCUUGCUAAUCAAACCCAUGUCUACCCGUCUCCUUGGAUGUCACCUUAACUGGAUGCUUAUCCAGGAACGCGACUGGCACAGGCAGAAUCUUGUCAGGGAUAGUCACUGUCUUCUUCGGGUGUCGACAAUCUCUACCUACGGGCGAUUCGAGGCCCCGUACUCGGGUUCGAGGAAGAUACCCACUUUCGCUAUGACGCCAGACAACCGAUACCACCCCUCAUUCGUAAUCCAAUGCGGAGAUUCUGAGCCCAAAGAGCGGCUCAUGGACGAUAUGAGACUAUGGCUUAUCGGUGCCCGUCCAUGUGUGGAGGUCGUUGUGAUAAUCAUGUAUGCUCGCAAAGGCACCACCAACCAAGUGGAAGGCAAAGCUGAACUCUACGUUCGAGACGCAAAUGGCAACCCAGUCCUGCAGCAAGAAGCAACCAUCUUUCCAGCGACUCAGUCCGAGUGCUCACUUGGGAUCAGUGCCGGAGAUCUCUUUGGCCCAGUUCUCCCCCAAGAUCUGGAUGCCAACACCGUUCUCCCCUUGAGCAUCAAUGACCCUCGAAAGGAGGCUCGUGAUGCAAUGGUGCACAUGGAUCUGGUGCCUGCAACUUAG